AUGUCGGUCAAGUUCGAGAAAGACACGAUAAAGAAGGGUGUCGAGGAGGUCAAGAAGGGCCUCAUUGGGGACCCUCUGCCCGGCACCAGCGGCAAGCACCCCAUCUCCGAGGCCAUCGGCACCGCCAUCACCGGCGGUAAGAAGAAUGCCGGAUCCAAGGGCUACCUCGCGGCCUACAUCAAGGAGCUCGAGCAGAACCCUCUACGCACCAAGAUGCUCACUGCCGGUACCCUCGCUGGUGCUCAAGAGCUGAUCGCGUCAUUCCUCGCCAAGGACCGCAACAAGCAUGGCAACUACUUCACCUCACGCGUGCCCAAGAUGGCCGCCUACGGCGCCCUCGUCAGCGCCCCUCUCGGCCACUUCCUCAUCUGGGCCCUGCAGAAGACCUUUGCCGGCCGCACCAGCUUGCGCGCCAAGAUCUUGCAGAUUAUCGUCAGCAACUUGAUUAUUGCGCCCAUCCAGAACUCCGUCUACCUUACCGCCAUGGCCCUCAUUGCCGGCGCCAAGACAUACCACCAGGUCCGCGCGACUGUCAAGGUUGGGUUCUGGAAGGUCAUGAAGGUCAGCUGGAUCACCUCCCCGCUGUGCCUGGCCUUUGCCCAGAAGUUCCUCCCUGACCAACUCUGGGUCCCCUUCUUCAACCUGGUUGCCUUCAUUGUCGGCACCUAUAUCAACACCAUCACCAAGAAGAAGCGUCUUGCCGCUCUGCGCAAGAAGCACUUCGGUGAUGGCCGUUCCCCUUCCAUGGGAGGUCGUCCUGAGGAAUACCCGGGCCCCAAGGACUACCCUGGCCCGAUGGGAGGUCCUAACCCCCCUUACUAA